CCUGAUGAAGAGGAAACUCUUCCUCUACAAUUUCAAGAACCUGCGCUGGGCCAAGGGCCGGCGUGAAACCUACCUCUGCUAUGUUGUAAAGCGCCGUGACAGUGCCACAUCAUGCUCCCUGGACUUCGGAUACCUGCGCAAUAAGAUGGGCUGUCACGUGGAGGUGCUCUUCCUGCGCUACAUCUCAGCCUGGGACCUGGACCCGGGCCGCUGCUACCGUAUCACCUGGUUCACCUCUUGGAGCCCCUGUUAUGACUGCGCCCGGCACGUGGCUGACUUCCUGCGCUCCUACCCCAACCUGACCCUCCGCAUCUUCACAGCCCGCCUCUACUUCUGUGAGGACCGCAAGGCAGAGCCUGAAGGGCUGAGGCGCCUGCACAAGGCGGGGGCCCAAAUUGCCAUCAUGACCUUCAAAGAUUACUUCUACUGCUGGAACACAUUUGUGGAGAACAGGGAAAAGACUUUCAAAGCCUGGGAAGGGCUGCACGAAAACUCAGUCCAUCUGUCCCGGAAACUCCGACGGAUACUCCUGCCACUGUAUGAAGUAGAUGAUUUACGAGACGCCUUUAAAACUCUAGGACUUUGAAGUGGAAGUCAUCAGCAAUCAGAAGACUUCACAAACACUUGUUCUUUGAUUUCCAAGUCUCU